AUGGGAACUACGUUUCUUGUCGAUGACACCAAUCCCUCCAUUGUCUAUGAUGGAAGUGGCACAUGGGAUGAAAGCCGUCAAUCAAUAUCGGGCAUCACCAAUGAAUACAACUCAACAUUUCACUCGGCAACUACAGCUGGAUUGACUAUAAAGUAUAAAUUCAACGGAACUGGGAUAACCGCAUUUUGCACAAUUGACACGCCGGGGGCCAACGGAUUUCCUGACUCGACAUAUAGCCUGGAUAAUAUGGCGCCGGUAGCUUUCAACAGCACCGGAGUUGUGUCCUCUCUAAAUCCAGACGUCGUCUCCUCCCACGUUGCUGUAUUCUCCGUCACCAAUCUGUCCGUUUCCGAAGAGCACACUCUCAUAAUCACCACCACUGAUGCAAGUAGCUCAAAAAGGUACAUAUUCGACUACUUCGCCGUCGAAACUACGGUGGAGGCCUCUUCGAGUAGUGCGGUGGCCACUGCCGCUGCACAGCUCGCAGGAAGAGGCGACGUAGCUAUAAUGGUAGACAAUGCGGAUUCAAGAUUUGUCUAUCGUGUAAAUGACGAUACGCUUGCGUGGAGUACAACUGGCUCACUAACUACCGGCCGCACGGCACACAUACCGCCAGUCUCUACCAACACCCCCGAUGGCGUGGCCAUAGUCUUUUUCAACGGAACCGCCGUUGAAGUGAUUGGAAGAGUAACAUAUGCUGAUGCUACUUCUGUCCCUAGCUCCCCACUUCUUAGAUUGUCACUCUACAGGGGUUCCGGCACGAGCCAAGAAGGCACUCCAAUACUCUUUACGCCAUCAGUUACAGCUCAACAUCCUGUUCAAGAACCAAUGUACGUCUCGUUCGGGAACUUCUCGGGGCUCAGUGGCGGAGAAUAUCGACUACAUAUCGAGAACACCAACACGAACGAAGGGGUGGCUUGGGAUUUAGCCCGUUUCCAAUACAAACCUCAUUAUAGGGCCUUAAUUUCAGAGGGAGGUGGCGGUACUACAAGCGCUACCAACUCGAAUGGCUUACCAGUCCCCAAUUUUACGCAGACACAGUCGCAUAGCCAGUCUAAUGGGACUGAAAGCAGUCCUACACCAGCCAAGGUUUCCAAAGCGGUGAUCGCUGGUGCUGUAAUUGGCGCAGUCGUGGGCGUCGUAAUUCUCAUCACAUUGAUAUGGUUCUUUAGGAGGCACUGUCGAUGUUAUGCUGGAGAGAUCCCUGAGGCGCUACAAAUUGACCCCUACACCACUGGAGAGAUUCCCGAGAUGCCACAGACUGUCCCUUAUAGAAUUGGAGCCCUCGAUUCAAGAAUCGCAGUCGACUCACCUCGUCCAAGAAUCAAUCCACCAGGCCCAAUAAUCGAUGCACAGGAUCGAAACCUGGGUAGGAUAAAUGAUACCACUGGUGGGAGUCAAAGAAAUCGGGAUGAUGAAAGCAGUCUAUCCAUACCGCCGCCGUAUAUCUCAAGCCCAAAUUCAGAAGCGGCUUAG